UCCGGGAUCCUGGCGAGAUGGUCAUGGCGGAGGGUACUGCAGUUCUGAGGAGGAAUCGGCCAGGAACCAAGGCCCAGGACUUCUACAACUGGCCGGAUGAAUCGUUCGAGGAAAUGGAUAGCACGCUGGCUGUACAACAGUACAUUCAGCAGAACAUCCGCUCCGAUUGCUCCAACAUCGACAAGAUCUUGGAGCCCCCCGAGGGUCAGGAUGAAGGGGUGUGGAAGUAUGAGCACCUCAGACAGUUCUGCCUGGAACUGAAUGGACUGGCAGUCAAACUGCAGAGUGAGUGUCACCCAGAAACCUGCACCCAGAUGACAGCCACAGAGCAGUGGAUCUUCCUGUGCGCUGCACACAAGACCCCCAAAGAGUGUCCGGCCAUUGACUACACCAGGCACACGCUGGACGGAGCCGCCUGCCUUCUCAACAGCAACAAGUAUUUCCCUAGCCGAGUGAGCAUUAAGGAGUCCUCUGUAGCCAAGCUGGGCUCGGUAUGCCGACGCAUCUACAGGAUAUUCUCCCACGCCUACUUCCACCACCGCCAGAUAUUUGACAAGUAUGAGAACGAGACCUUCCUGUGUCACCGGUUUACACGUUUCGUGAUGAAGUACAAUCUGAUGUCCAAGGACAACCUGAUCGUGCCCAUCCUGGAGGAAGAGGUUCAGAACGCCGCGGCGGGGGAGAGUGAGGCCUGAGGCCCCGCCCAUCCACUCGCCUAACACACUACAGCACACACCCAUCAAGUGCAGGAUGUUCUCGCAGUGUUACAGAAUGUUCCGAGUUAGCCGAGGACACUUACGCAACACGCAGUCCCCCUGUGUGUGUAUGUAAAAUUAACCUCCCUAGAAAUCAUGUCCUGACUGUUUCCUGGUCCAUCAGUUUUGGGUUUUCCGGUUUCUGUUCAGUCUGUCUCUCAUGCUCUCUCAUCUCGCCAAUUAAAUUAUUGUGUGGGAGGAGCCGCCUGUCCGUGUCACUCAAGCCUGCGGCCUGUCUGCCCCACUUUUAUAUUUUCAGUUUUUUUUUUAAUGAACUAAA